UCGCGAGAGCGCGAUUACCGUUUGUAUUGCCAUAUUUUUCCAUUUCCCAUAUAAAAGCACCGCUGCUUCGUGUUUUCGUUGCGUUUUAAAAAAAAUCUCGCACAAAAUAUGACAAGAAAACAUCGGAUAAAUCGCCGGGCAGAAAAAUCACGGUUUCCAGUGAAAAACUACUGAUAUUAAUCAGAAUUUCGAAUAUAUACAUAUAUGUAUUUUGGUCUAAAGAAAAAGAGCAGUCCCCGAAAAAUCGCAAAGCGGAGUGAAUACAAGUUGACUUCUGCUGCAGCUGCCUAAACGAUGCAACAAUGUGACAGGCGGCAGCAGCAGCAGCAGCAGCAGCAACAUCAGCGAGAAAUCCAACGGCAGCCACAUAAAUUACAGAAGUAAUAGCAAUAGUCCAAGCAUUAUUUUUUAACAAUUGAAAGGAAAAGAACAAAUGUGUAAACGACAGGAACAACGGCAGAUUAACUAGCAGUAACUAAAGCCACAAUCUAAACAGUUUAAACAAUAAUAACUAAUUUAGAUUUAAUAUUGUAUUAACGAAGACAUCAACCGUUGGCAACUGUCUAGCCGAGUCACUAACCGCUCAGCACAACAAUUUCGAAUAGGGCAGCAGCAAUAACGAAACCACCAGAAAAAAAAGAUGGCAUACAUCGAGUGAACCAUCAUAGUAGUAGUAAUAAGUAAAAGAAAGAAAUCCGAAAAUAUUUUAAGUGCAAAUAACGAGAAACAAGCGUUUUUGGACUGAGCGGAGACAACAACCAAGCGGCUAAGCCAGCGGAUACACCAACCCCUUUGGGGAAGCUUGUGAUUGAAAAGAGGUGUCUCCAAAAAAACUAGCUUACAGAUCAGGCUGAGGAGAGCGACAGACUGACACGAAGGUUGCUAAGGGGAGAGCAGGAUCAGAAGGAUCAGCAGGAUAAGCAGGAUUAGCAGGAUCAGCAGGAUCAGGAUUGAAAUGCCCAGCACGACGGGCAGUGCAGCAGGCGUUGGGAUGGGUGCUUUGAUUAAUAGUGCCGGCAGUAGCGCCAGCAGUGUCAUGGGCAUUGGACUGGGCGGAGCAGCUGCGGCGGGAACUGGAGCUGGAGCUGGAGCAACUGGAUCUGGAGCAGAGGCCUCAGCCGGCACCCUAAUCGCACAGAGCACGGCGGGAACAAGCGCCGCCAGCAGCGGUACCAUCACUUGGGACAACAAUGGCACCCUGCGAUCGAUCAAUCCCGGCGACUGGUCCAUCGAACAGUGCCUCGGUUGGCAGCAGCCGCACCACCUGUACUUUCAGCUCGGCUGGGCCUUUCUCUUCCUGGCCUUCCUGGCGCCCCAUGGUCCCUACGGAUCGCUGUGGAUGCGGGCCAUGCUGCUCAUUGGCUGCCUGAUGAUGGGCAUGCACGGCUACCUGGUCGCCUGCACCCCGGAUGUGGUCCUAUGGUCGGGCAUGGGCCUCUUUGUCAACUUCGUCUAUCUCGUCGUGGUGCUGUGCCGGCUGAGACCCGUGAGAUUCGAGCAAGAAAUCGAGGCGGUGUACCUGGCACUUUUUCAGCCGCUGCACGUGACUCGCCACCAGUUCAAAAAGGUGCUCAACUGCAUGAAGGUGAUACGUGCCCUGAAAUACCAGGAGGUCUAUGCCCAGGAGAAGGUCACCAAGGUCGACAGCCUGUCGCUGGUGCUGAGUGGCAAAUUGGUGGUGUCGCAGCAUCAGCGAGCCCUGCACAUUGUGUUUCCCCAUCAGUUCCUAGAUUCGCCCGAGUGGUUUGGCGUCUCGACCGAUGACUACUUUCAGGUCUCCAUUAUGGCCAUGGAGGAGUCGCGGGUGCUGAUAUGGCAUCGCGACAAGCUCAAGCUGUCUAUUAUGGCCGAGCCCUUCUUGCAGACCGUCUUCGAUCACAUUCUCGGCCGGGAUGUGGUCAAGAAGCUGAUGCAGGUCACCCAGGUGAGCGAAUCAAUAGCCAGCAAUGGCUUUCUGCCAUCGGGAGGAUAUGCGGAAGAUGCGGAGGACAAGCCCAUGUUGAUACUCAAGAAGAGUGUGGAUGUGGGCCACGGACUGACGGCCCUGAUCAACCGGCAGCUACAGGAAGAGCAUGUUCCUUUACUUGGUCGCACGUACAAACAACAACAACAACUACUGCAACAACUAGAACAACAACAACAACUACUAGAACAACAACAAUCCGUACAAGAAGCAACAACAAGCGCCAACAACAUCGUUCAAAGUGCAAUGUGAAUUUAUGCAAUCGGCCCGCUGCUGCUCAACUUGCCACCAACAAUCAGAGCACUCCACCGUCCCUUCACCUUUGAACUGCACAACAACAACACAACAACAACAACAGCAACAACAACAACAGCAACAACAACAACAACAAAACCACCCACAAACAAGCAAACAAUCAUCCGUCAUCAGUCAAUCAAUCACACGCAGCAAGAACAACAUCACGAUCAUCCGAGAAAGAACUGUCGAAGAAAUCUGGAAUCUAUCCAUCUAAAUCGAAAUCCGCAUCUUGAAUCCCACAUACAAUCAUCUCAUAUCUAGCAUAGCGACUAGCACUAAAACUAAACAAACACCUAACACAUCUAAUCGUUCAACAGGCAAAACUUUGUAUCACACCACUAAGCCAAACAAUCAGCCAGACACAAACGAUUUUUUGUAAACUUCUCGCCUUGGGAAACGUAAACUUUCCAUACCAGCGGAAAUGUUCUAAAAAACAGUGUUGUCAGGUCAGGGGCUUUUCAAAAAAACCUAGAUAAUCCUAGGAUCAUAAUAUAAACUCCCGUUUCUCUACCAAGGUGAUGUAAGCAAACCAAAAUUGUGUAUUGGAAAAAGUUAGAAAACAAUACCAAUUAAAACUCAUGAAAUCAAGAAGGAAACCUUAUGAACUGACAACAUUGCUACAAAUUUAUUCAAUGUGCUCCCUGGAUCCUUAGCAAAAAAACUAUCGAUAGCUGUUGUCAAACCAGUUGUAGACGUUGUAAUUUAUUUUGACUGAUCAUGGUUGUAUGUUGAGUUGUAGUCAAACAAGACGCUUGAUUGCUCAUGAAUCAGUUUCAGUUUGAGUGGGCAUUUCGAUUGAACACGCUCAAGACAGUCAACCAAGGUUUAGAUUUUAAAUUAAUUGAUUAUGCUUUUGAUUUGAAAAUGCAUUUAGUAUUAUUUGCUUUCCAAAUGCAUUAUAAAAUGUAUUGGUACUGAAGUGAAUUAGGUUUUUAUUUUUAGGACAAUUUAGGCGAUCCUUUGAUCACAAAAAUCUGCAAUAAAAUCCUACUUAAUGUGCUAUAUUUUGCAAUGUUAUUAUUAUUUCUUGUGGUUUAUUUGACCAAUAUUUCAAAUUACAGAUUUUUUAUUACAAACAAAUAUUCAUAGGAGUAGAAAUCUAUCAAGUAAUGAGUAUUAACUAGUUCUUUGACAUGAUUGUACAUAAAAUGACUAUCAUGAGAGCUGGUUUGAUCAACAGCACUUCAGUUUUAGUUAUAGAUUUAAGAUCUGAAGAUCGAUCAGGUGAUAAUUGAACUUUUUCGCUGGCCCAUGUGUUUUCAAUGCUUUGAUUUGAUUUAAUUGAUUUGACAACGCUUGGCAUUUAAUGGAAAUGUACUGUGCUGGCACAUCCAUCAAUUCGCUUUACUUCCAUUAACAUAUUAUUAUUAUAUAUUUUUUUGAAUUUCUUUAUGCAUAUGUUUUUAUCGUUUGAUUUGUUGAUUGAUUUGCAUACAAAUUGAGCUUGAAGAAAGCGUGAAAACUAAUUAGAAUUAAUAUCGAAUAAUAUUUGAUAAUUUUAAGCAAUACAUAUCCUAAGUCGUUGUACAUACACUAUAUACAUAUAUUUGCUGUACAUAACCCCGAUUAUUCGUGAAUCCGAGAACCCCCAAAUCCAAUGCUCCCCCAAGAAAGUGUAAUAAUCGAAAAGGAAUUAAUGUGAAUGUAAACAAGCCAAAAACGAAAGCUAAUAAAAAAAAAAACAUAUAUAAACUUAAUACCAAGAUAAAGUAUUCGAGAUUUAACCCAAUGAAUUAUCGGGAGUCGAGCUUCGUUUUAAACGAGCCAAGUAGGCACGCGCCCAGUCAUUUGACAUCAUUAACAUUAUUUUGGCACAAAUGGCAUUAAUUUGUUUUUUAUUUUAAUUCGUUAUAUUUGGCCUGCUGCCACGAGGAGUAACAAAACAAUAUUUGUUAUUUAAUUAAACAAUUUGUCUGUUGUCGCGAUCGCCGUCGCCGCUUGUUGAUUGCGAUCAUUUGCUAGGCUAUAUUUUUGUGCAGGGCAUGCUUUCAUCGUUCGCCUUUGCAAGCAAUCAUAGAAAAUGGAAAACUAAAUAGCAUCAUGCCCAUAAGUUUACACACAAAGUGCAACCGACAGCAGUACGCACAUGCCACGCCCCGCCCUGCCCGAUCACUUCCGCCCAUUUACAAUAUGUGCUUAAAAGUGUUGUUUGGAAAAGCAAAUAAAUAUAUAUAGAGGUAGUUGCAGUAAUGGACAUAGUCUUCAAAUGAUAUCAUUUUUUUAUAUAAAAACUAUAUAUGAAAAGAACGAUUUUCUAG